UCGAAGCCGGCCCUCGUGGGCGGGGUUUUUGCGGGAGCGAAUCCUCGAGGCCGGGGCCUCUGGGGCCUGCGCGUGGAUGUGCCCUUCGGCCGCACUGGGACGUGUGCGGACAGCUGCGAGGCUCCUUCGUUGCAGGGCUCGGUUCCACUCCGCUCAGGGCACAACAUGCCAACUACCAAGCAGCUAGCUGACAUUGGCUACAAGACCUUCUCGGCCUCCAUGCUGCUGCUCACCGUGUAUGGGGGUUACCUGUGCAGCGUCCGCGCGUACCGCUACUUACAGCUGCGCAGCUCCAGGCGCCAGGCCGCUGAAGACCAGAAGACCUCCACCUCGGGAGUCCUGUAGAGCUGCGGGCUUGCUCCGCAGCAAUGAGGCAUGGCAAAGAUCUCACUUGCGAAUCAUUUGGGCCGAGAACUAGGACCUUGAUGGAUUUCAAACCCUGCUGGAGGAAAGUACCCCAUAAUGUCUCUAUUACUACUACUGUGAGCCAGUUGGACAGUUGUGGAGACUUCUGAACGAAGAAUAAAUGGGAAUGUGAGGGUACAUUACACACAUUAAAUAUA